AUGUCCAGCACCGAACCAGGGGAUAAUUUCGAAAGUAUACAAGACAUUCUUGCGAGACACCGCAAGGAAAAUAAAGAUUUACAGAAUAAAAUAACGGGUAUGAAAAAACAGGCCACUAAAUCCAAAAGAAAAGAAGUUAAUUCGAAAUGUCUAGAUCUUCAUGAUAAACUAAAGACUAAGCAAGAAAACGAAAUAAGAGACUGGAAGGUUGCAAAUAAUCAAGUAUCUGAUGCUGAACAAGAAGAUGAAGUGACUCCUGAAAAACUACUAGAACAAUUAUCCAUAUCUCAAGAGGUUGAACAGAAUAUUCCCACCCAACAACAACAACAACAACAACAACAACAACAACAACAACAACAGAGUCAAUCAAAGAAGCGUCGCAAUAGACAAAAGGAAAGAUUGGCUAAAAGGAAUGCAGCAAUUGCUAAAAUGAAAGAAGAGGCUGCUUUGGAAGCAUCCAAACAACCCGACUUGAAAAAAAUAGAGCAAGAGUCUAUAGAUCAACUGUGUGAAUUAAAGAAACUCAAACAAUUUGAUAUCCAACCUGAUGGCCAUUGUCUGUUUGCAUCUAUAUUAGAUCAGUUGAAAUUACGCCACGAUCCAAAAGAACUAGAUCCAGAUUUGAAUGUCAUGAAACUGAGAUCGUUGAGUUGUAAUUACGUGCAAGAACAUAGAGACGAUUUCAUUCCAUAUUUGUUUGAUGAAGAAACCAUGAAAAUGAAAGACAUCGAUGAGUACACGAAAGAGAUGGAGCAUACGGCUCAAUGGGGUGGGGAAGUUGAGAUCUUAGCUCUCUCUUAUGUUUUUGAUUGUCCCAUUAGCAUUCUAAUGAGUGGUAGACCUAUUCAAGUGUACAAUGAAUGUGGGAAAAAACCUGAGCUGAAGCUAGUUUAUUAUAAACAUAGCUAUUCAUUAGGUGAGCAUUACAAUUCAUUGCAUGAUUCAUGA